AUGGCGAAGAAAGGGUUGAUGAUUUCGCGUCUGUACUCGAUGCUGUUUGCAGCGUUUUGUUUGAUAAAUUGUCAUGCAGCAGCCGAUGCCAAUGAGAGGAAGGUUCACAUUGUGUACAUGGGAGACCGCCCCAAGGGAGAAUUCUCAGCUGCAACUACCCAUCAUUCCAUGCUGAAGGGUGUUCUCGGGAGCGCUUCAUCAGCCAAGAAAUCGCUUAUUUAUAGCUACGGCAGCUUCAAUGGAUUUGCAGCUAAAUUAACAGAUGAAGAAGUUCGAAGGUUCUCAGAGAUGGACGGAGUAGUUAGAGUGAUCCCAAAUCAUAUACUAAAGCUUCAUACAACAAGGUCAUGGGACUUCAUUGGUUUUACCCAAGACGCCGUUGGAGCAAAGCCUGAAGGAGAUGUUGUCAUUGGGCUUCUUGAUACAGGAAUUUGGCCUGAACAUGAGAGCUUCAAUAGCCAAGAACUUGCUGCUCCACCCUCCAAAUGGAAAGGAGUAUGUCAAGGGGCCAACUUCACCUGCAACAACAAGAUCAUUGGAGGCCGUUACUACAAUAGUGAGAACUGGUACGAUGAAACUGACUUCAAGUCUCCAAGAGACUCUGAGGGACAUGGGACCCAUACUUCCUCAACUGCAGCAGGUGACAAGGUGCCUGGAGCAAGCUACUAUGGGCUAGCUAAUGGAACUGCAAGAGGUGGAGUUCCUGGUGCAAGGAUUGCCAUGUACAAGGUUUGCUGGUCCUUUGGUUGUGCAACUGCAGAUAUCCUUGCAGCAUUUGACGAUGCCAUAGCAGAUGGUGUUGAUGUAAUAUCAGUGUCUCUUGGUGCUGACUGGCCACUGGCUUACGAUGAAGACCCUAUUGCGAUUGGUGCUUUCCAUGCCAUGAAAAAUGGUAUAUUGACAUCAAAUUCUGCCGGUAAUUCUGGACCAUGGCCGUAUUCAGUUUCCAAUUAUGCGCCUUGGACGUUAACUGUUGCUGCGAGCACCAUCGACAGAAAAUUUGUUGCCAAAGCAGUACUUGGCAAUGGACAAGUUUUCACUGGACUUUCCAUUAACAGCUUUGAACUUCAUGGAAAAUCGUUUCCCUUGAUUUGGGGAGGACACGCCGCCAACUACUCUGCGGGCGCCAGCCCAGAUAUUUCAAGAUAUUGUAUCACGGGUUUCAUGAAUUCAUACAAAGUGGAAGGCAAGAUUGUCUUUUGUGAAACUCUUUGGGACGGUACUGGCGUUCUUCAAGCAGGCGGCGUGGGCACCAUAAUGGCCGAUGAUGAAAUAACCGAUUUUGCUUUCAAUUAUCCAUUGCCAGCAACACAGAUAGGCGCAUCAGAUGGUGAAAAAGUUUUGGACUACAUUAAAACAACAGAGAAUCCGACCGCAACUAUUCUGCUUGGAGAGACAUGGACAGACUACAUGGCACCUUAUGUUGUAUCAUUCUCUUCCAGGGGACCCAACCCUAUCACUCCAGACAUUCUCAAGCCUGAUCUCACAGCCCCUGGUGUGGACAUCAUCGCUGCUUGGUCUCCUGUUGCACCACCUUCCGUUGACUGGGAAGACCCCCGGAGCGUAGACUAUAACAUAAUCUCUGGUACAUCCAUGUCUUGUCCUCAUGCUAGUGGUGCUGCUGCCUAUGUCAAGGCUGCCCACCCUGACUGGUCCCCUGCUGCCAUCAAAUCAGCCCUCAUGACCACAGCCACUCUUGUAGACCCAAAGAAGCAUGAGGAUCUAGAAUUUGCUUACGGUUCCGGCCAGAUCAACCCAACACGGGCACUAAGUCCCGGACUUGUCUAUGAUGCAAAUGAGACAGAUUACAUUAACUUCCUCUGCAAGCAAGGUUACAACACCACAACCAUAAGACUUAUCACAGGUGACAACAGCAGUGUAUGCACCAGCACCACGCCUGGACCAGCUUGGGAUCUCAACUAUCCUUCGUUCUCAUUAGCUGUGCUCGAUGGCCAGCCAAUUUAUGGUGUCUUUACCAGGACAGUAACCAAUGUUGGCCCACCAAACUCAAACUACACUGUCUGGAUGACCACCCAACGCGGCUUCACCAUUAGCGUAGAGCCCCAAUUUCUGUCAUUCUCAACUGUGGGAGAGAAGAAGUCUUUCACCGUGAGGGUCACCGGUCCGAAGAUUUCACAGCAACCGAUUACAUCUGGUUCCAUAGUAUGGGUAUCUUCGGAUUACAAAUAUAUGGCGAGAAGUCCAGUUGUGGUCUACAAUGUUCUCCCCACUCCCUAUUCUCCUUACGACUCCAAGUCCCAGCGGAAACCAACAUUCCGACGUCCUUCCAUGUAUCACAAGAAUGGAAUCCUUGGACGUAACUAA